AUGGCCAAGUUCAGGCUCAGCUCCAAGCACAAGCUCAUCGCCACAAUAGGCAUCUCAUUCUGCUUCUUUGUCGCUGAGAUAUCUGUUGCUUUCUACACGGGGUCUCUGGCCUUGUUGGCAGAUGCAUUCCACUACAUGAACGAUCUCAUUGGUUUCAUCGUCGCUCUCGUCGCCAUCAUCAUCUCAGAGCGUGCGAACUCCCCUCAGAACUUCUCCUUCGGCUGGGCACGCGCCCAACUGCUCGGCGCAUUCUUCAACGGCGUCUUCCUCUUGGCACUUGGCAUAUCCAUCUUUCUCCAGUCGAUUGAGAGAUUCAUCUCCAUUCAGCGUGUCGAGAACCCAAAGCUAGUGCUGAUCGUUGGGUCUGUCGGUCUGGCACUAAACAUCAUCAGCGCCACCUUGCUACACGAGCAUCACGGCCAUGAUCAUGGGGAUCACAGCCAUGGACAUUCGCACUCUCACGACGGUCACGGGCAUGACCACAGCCGCGUUAACAUCGAGGCCGCCAUUCCCACAACCGACAGCUCAUAUCAAAGCAGUGAGGACGUUCCCUUGACCCCCAUCAGUGCCCAUGCCGAACAUCGUCAUACCAUCGCGAAGUUACAGAACCCUGGUCGUGAUCUUGGCAUAAUGGGUGUCUUUGUCCACGUUGUCGGCGAUGCGCUGAACAACCUUGGAGUCAUCAUCGCGGCACUGGUGAUCUGGCUCACAAGCUACGAGGGCAGGUUCUAUGCCGACCCCGGCGUCUCUAUGGGCAUCGCCAUCAUGAUCCUGCUGUCGUCACUGCCGCUAGUUAGAAACAGCGGCAAGAUUCUCAUGCAGAGUGCCCCCCGCGGCGUGGAUCUGGACGAUGUCAAGCAUGACCUCGAGAAGAUUCCCGGCAUCGAAUCCGUCCAUGAGCUCCACAUCUGGCGACUUGACCAGAAGAAGUCCAUCGCAUCCGCGCACGUUGUCGUCUCGAACAAUGAGAUGACCGACUUCAUGGGCCGCGCCAAGACCGUUAGCGAGUGCCUACAUGCCUAUGGCAUCCACUCGGCCACUCUGCAGCCGGAACUCGCAAGCCCGGCCACGGUCCCCGUUAACAUCGAGAGCAGCCAUGAGAGCAACGGCGUUCCGGCAAACACAACUGCCAGUGGAACCGUAUCGUCAGGCGCGUCGAUUAGAAGACGACGCGCCGACGGGUCCGCGUGCCAGAUGGUUUGCGGGAACCUGUGCGAGAGCCUGACUUGCUGCAACACCGGUGGCAUGCGGCUCUGA